AUGAUUUGCGAUACAAACUGGUGUACAUACUGUGAUAGUGCAGUCAGCCCUUUCUCUGAUUCCCUUUACUGUUCAGAAGAAUGUUUAAAGAAAGACGCUCUGGCCCAUCAUCCGAUGCUCGGUUAUGACUUUAUCGACCUACGUAGCUUUCCACGAAACAACAACCAAGACGGCAGCCGAGACGCGCCAUUUGAAACAAGACGUCGGUCAACAUGUUCAAUGUCUUCUCAGGGCAUACCUGGUCUUAUCAGCCAUUCUGCUUGUGUCUCCGCCAAUUCUUCGCUUGGUUAUUCACCACCAACAUAUUUCAACUUGAAACCUCAGAAGAACACUCUGGAUACCCAUCGGCCCGUACAGAGCUUGUUCAAUGUAGCUUAA